AACGACAACGGGAUAUGCCUAAAGCAUUCAGUCGCGCAUGUUACUGUAUAGCGUCUGAAUGCAGCGGAAAGGUUUUAUUAAUAGAAGCUCGUGAGCUUUGAUUCGAUCUCUACCACGCAUGUGUUGCUGUGUGCUGCCGCUGCGCGCAUCAGAUCAUCUGACCCUACAAACAGCUGCAUUCAAACAUUUGUCAGAAAUACUGGAUAUAAAGACACCCAGGAAGAUCACGUUUAUUAUUCGCGUUUAUUUUCUGCGCAUUGCUCACAUAUAACCGGAAACUCGUCUCCGUUUGGUUGCGUUAUUUUGCGAGAGCUCCAUUGCAUCGCGGUACGUUACGGCAAAGGCUUCUAGACGCGAAAGCAACCGCGAUCUGCUAUGUGUCAUAGCGAAGAAAGGCAGUAAAUAAAGGGGACACGUCCAUCUGCGUGAAGAGAGAGGAAGAUGGUGAUCAUGGCUUCUCUUCAUUUAUCUGAAUGCCUGAAUGCAAUGGCCGUACCCACGAUCACAGUCAAGCUAUUUCUAUGGGCUUUUCUAAUCGCCCAUCUUCCCUUAAGCUCUGUCCAAUUGGAAAGCGAUGACGAUGAAGUAACAAACAAGACAUGGGUUCUGACCCCUAAAGUGUACGAGAGUGAUGUCACACAUAUUUUAAACAGCUUAUUAGACGGCUACGACAACAAGCUGAGACCAGAUAUAGGAGUCAACCCAACUGUGAUUACCACAGACAUGUUUGUCAACAGUAUUGGGCCAGUCAAUGCCAUCAACAUGGAAUAUACCAUUGACAUCUUCUUCGCCCAGACCUGGAUUGACAGGCGUUUGAAGUUCAACAGCACCAUGAAGGUUUUGCGUCUCAACAGCAACAUGGUUGGCAAAAUCUGGAUCCCUGACACGUUCUUCCGCAACUCCAAGAAAGCAGAUGCCCAUUGGAUUACCACCCCCAAUCGAAUGCUCCGGAUAUCGAACGAUGGGCGUAUAUUGUACACUUUGAGGUUGACCAUCGAUGCAGAGUGCCAACUUAAACUGAAUAACUUUCCAAUGGAUGAACAUUCCUGUCCUCUUGAGUUCUCAAGCUAUGGAUAUCCCAAGGAGGAGAUCGUUUACAAGUGGAAGCGCAGCUCCGUGGAGAUUGGCGAUAUCCGCUCCUGGCGUCUCUACCAGUUCUCCUUUGUUGGCUUGAGAAACACCACAGAGGUUGUCAGGACUGUGUCAGGAGAUUAUGUGGUGCUGACCGUCUUUUUUGACUUGAGCAGAAGAAUGGGUUAUUUCACCAUCCAGACGUAUAUCCCAUGCACUUUGAUUGUUGUACUGUCCUGGGUCUCAUUCUGGAUCAAUAAGGAUGCAGUGCCAGCCAGAACCUCCUUGGGAAUCACAACUGUGCUGACUAUGACAACACUGAGUACCAUCGCUAGGAAGUCCCUUCCCAAAGUGUCCUACGUCACAGCUAUGGACCUCUUUGUAUCCGUGUGCUUUAUAUUUGUUUUUGCUGCUUUGAUUGAAUAUGGAACACUUCACUACUUCGUGAGCAACCGCAAACCCAGCAAAAACAAAGACAAGAAGAAGAAAAAUCCUCUCCUGCGGCUCUUUUCCUCCAAGGCCCCAACCGUAGACAUUCGCCCGCGCUCGGCCACCGCCAUCCAGAUGAACAACGCCACACACAUGCAGGAGCGAGAUGAGGAAUAUGGGUACGAGUGUCUGGACGGCAAGGACUGCACCAGUUUCUUCUGCUGCUUUGAAGACUGUCGCUCAGGAGCGUGGCGGCACGGUCGCUUACACAUCCGUGUCGCUAAGAUAGACUCUUAUGCCCGUAUAUUCUUUCCUACCGCUUUUGGUCUAUUCAACCUAGUUUACUGGGUUUCCUAUCUCUAUCUUUAAAACAUCCCCUAAAUUUGUUAGUCUGGCCUUAUUUAUUUUCCAAAUUCCGGCGAGACCAUCUCUUGGAAAUGUGAACCUAAGUGAAAAAUUUAAGUUGCAUCUUUUUGUUUUGUUUGUUUUUUUACGUAGGUGUGUUUAGGGUUUAUGUAAUUUGUGAGUUGUUGGUUCAUCUGUUAAAUUUUUUUCUAGAGAGUAUAUCUUGUGCACAAAGCAAAAGUUGUAGCAAAGCAAAAAACAAAACAAAAUCGAAAUGCCAUGGCAGGGAAUGGGAACCUGAAUUUUGAAUUGGAAGGGCAAGAGCAGAAAAUCAAAGGUACUGCAUGCCUACAUGUUUUAUUUGCCCCUAAAGAUGAGAACUGCAUCUAAUAAUUGAGAUCUCGGGAAACUUUCCAAUCUGUCAGGCCUAUAUGAGAUAAACUCUAUCCAUAAAAUACUAAAAACAUGACCCAUGAUUAUUUUUGCAUUCUAAAGAUUAAAUGUAAAUUUUUAAGUCUUUGGAAUUUCUAUACGAUUUGUUAACCCUGGAUUUUUUCAUGUGCGGUCAUGGCUGAUAAAACAUAUGUACAAAUGUUGUAAAUAGUUGAAUACUGUACAAUGUAGUGAUAUACAUCAUACUGCAUGCACAUUUGAGGCCAAAAAUGAGCGAAUAUUUAAAGUCUUCUAUUGUCAUUCAUUAUAAAAAAGAAAAUGUUCAGGAAACCUCAACUUGAACACUACAAUCUACAUUUUCGAUUAUUUAAAACCAUUUAUAGAUAUCUGUCAUUUAUCGAUGGACAACAUUGUUGCUACAUUAAACAACUCAAGGAUUGUUUUCAAUUUGUUGAUGUAUUUAAGAAGUAUAUUGGGAACAUAAAGCAUUGCUGACUACAUACAUUUCAUGAGAAACAAACCAAUUACAACCCAUCAUUAAUAAAAUGUAACAUAUGCAAGCACAAA